CAAGUAAGCCCGCGUAGCUGGCACUCAGUCGCAGUGUCGACGAUCCACGAAGCGAAUUAACACGCCGCGUAUUCUUUUCCCUGAUACUCUGUACUCGUGGAAGAGCCCCAGUUUAUUCUGUGACUGCAUCUCCUCUAACAGUCAGUUGAUCCGCACAAGUUCCACAAUUGUUCAAUGAUGAAGUUCUUAAUUACACUCGUCCUCGUCUUUGCUGGUGUCUACAAUGCUGAGGCAACACAAUAUAAAGUUACGGAUCAAGUCUUUUUGGACGUAAUGAUAGACGAUCAUCCAAUAGGUAGGAUAGUAAUCGGAUUAUUCGGCGAGGAAGCACCAAAAACUGUGGAGAAUUUCCUAUCACUUGCCACCAAGGGGAUCAAUGGCAGAACAUAUGCAGGGUCCAAGUUCCAUCGUGUCAUUAAGAAGUUCAUGAUCCAAGGUGGAGAUAUUGAUAAGGGAGAUGGCAGUGGUUCCAUCAGUAUCUACGGAAAAUACUUCGACGAUGAAGACAAUGGCAUAUUACACGCUGGACCUGGUUUUGUCUCCAUGGCAAAUGCCGGUAAAAAUACAAACGGAUGUCAGUUCUUCAUUACGACAGUCGCUACCCCUUGGCUCGAUGGCCACCACACAGUCUUUGGAAAGGUCAUAAAGGGUCAAGACGUUCUCUUCAAGAUCGAACAAACGAAGACAGACGCUGAAGACACUCCGCUAACCCCAGUAGUGAUCCUGAAGAGUGGAAAAAUCCCCACGCCUGAGCCUUUCCAAAUCUCCGACAAUCCAUACGAUGUUUGGGGAUGGAUUCGAGCGACAGCAAUUCCUCUAUCCUUCAGCUUCGCUAUUCUCGCAUUUUUUCAGUGGAUGAUCAAGCAGUUGGACUUUGAGACCCCCAAAAUUCCGAUGGAAGCUAAAAAAACUGACUGAAGAAAACCCUAAAUUUAAGUUUUGUAUUGACACUUGAAUUGAAAGUAUUGAAUGAAGAAAUAAAUAAUUAUUU